AUGGCAAACGUACCUAAAAUAGCUUUUAACAAUGGAAAGACCUGUCCCGUUAUUGGGCUGGGAACAUGGAAGUCCAAGCCCGGUGAAGUGACACAAGCAGUGAAGGACGCCAUCGACCUCGGUUACAGACAUAUUGACUGCGCACUCAUUUACGGAAAUGAGAAGGAAGUCGGGGCAGCUCUGAAAGCUAAAUUUGAAGAAGGAGUUAUUAAACGAGAAGAUAUAUUCAUCACAUCCAAACUGUGGUGCACCUUCCACCGCCCGGACCUGGUCGAGGGCUCGGUGAAGACAACUCUUCAGGACCUUGGCUUGGAGUACCUGGACCUGUACCUGAUACACUGGCCUCAGGCCUAUAAGGAAGAAGACGUACUCUUCCCAGUAGACGAGCAAGGCAAGGCGGCUCCCUCGCCAGUGGACUACGUCGACACGUGGAAGGCGAUGGAGAACCUGGUAGACAAGGGUCUGGUGAAGAGCAUCGGCCUCUCCAACUUCAACAAACGCCAAAUCGACAGAGUGAUGGAAAACUCUAGAAUAAAACCAGCUUCGUUACAGAUCGAAGUCCACCCUUAUCUCAACCAAGAAAAGCUGAUCAAUUACUGCAAAUCUCUGGGAAUAACUGUCUCCGCGUACUCUCCUCUCGGUUCCCCUGACAGACCCUGGGCUAAACCUGGCGAGCCCCAACUCCUGGAAGAUCCAAGACUGAAGGCCAUCGCUGAUAGAUACAGCAAGAGUACUGCACAGAUUUUAAUAAGAUACGCCAUCGACCGCGGCCUUAUUGUGACUCCUAAAUCUGUCACAAAGAGCCGUAUCGAGCAGAACUUCCAGGUGUUCGAUUUCCAGCUAACCCCUGAAGAUAUUAAGCUGAUCUCCAGCUUUGAAUGCAACGGCAGGGUCUGUUCUAUGGGAGACGUUCACCAUCCAGACUACCCUUUCCACGACGAAUAU